GAUCGCCUCGAACGCACCGAGAAAUUGCCGACACCCGAGUACGUCUUCGCCGACCUUAUCAAAACCUACGGCGUUGCUAACAAGAAACGAACUUGGUCUUAAGUUGGUGCCGGAAAUUCUGUUGCAGAGUCAAGCUAUGAAUAUAAGGGUUGAAGAAUCGAGAUUUAAGAUAUUAGUUUGUGCUCUUUGUAGAUUAAAUAAGGUUGCAUAUGCUAUUGAGAUACCGAAUUGCAUGAUAAAAGAUGGGUUUUCCAUUGAUGAUGAAAUUUGUUCAUGCAUACUGUCAUCAGUUUGUGUGCAGAGAGAUUUGGGUAAUUUAGAUAUCAUGGGUUUUUGAGAGGAACUGAGAAAGCUUGGGUUUUGUCCUAGUAUGGGUGAUUAUGUUAAUGUGAUGAGGUUCUUGUCGAAAGGAAGCAGGGGAAUGGAUACUUUGGAUGUUCUAAAUCAAAUGAAAUCUGGUGGAGUUAAGCCUGACACUGUCUGCUACAAUAUAAUUUUAGGUGGUGUUAUUGGAGAAGGGAAUUUCGAGGCGGCAGAUGAUGUGUUUGAUGAAUUGCUUGUGUUGGGUUUGGUUCCGGAUGUCCAUACUUACAAUGCCUAUAUAGAUGUUUUAUGCAAACGAAAUAAUAUUGAAUAGGGAAUCAAGUUGAUCACUUGUAUGGAGAAGUCGGGGUGCAAACCUAAUGUGAUCACUUAUAAUGUGUCGUUGGAGGCAUUGUGUAAGGUUGGUGAGAUGAGUAAAAUGAGAGAGCUUGUGGAGGAGAUGAAAGUUAAGGGAAUUAAGCCAAAUUUGCCGACAUAUAAGGUAACAAUUGAUGCUCUGGCUAGUAAAGGUGAAAUUUUUGAAGCUUGUGCAUUGAUGGAGGAAGUUUUGGAUAAGUUCUUUUGCCGACAAUGUUUCACACUAGAUAACAUAAUUUCUGGUUUGUGCCAAGGAGGGUUAGUUGGUAAAGCACUGGAAUUACUCAAUAAAAUGGCUGACAAGAGAGUUUCUCCUGGUGCUGGUGUUUAGAAUGCACUUCUCAGCACCGGAUACAAACUUGAUUUUGAUGAGACCACAUUCAUUGAUUUGACUUUGUGCUGGAGAGUCAUGGAUUCGGGUUGAGACAGAGAUUCUGAACCCUGUGAUUCCUGUAUCUAUAACAUGAUUGCCAUGGGUUAUGCUUUGUAUCAUGUUCGAGAUCGUAGGCUACUGACUUUGGUGAUUUUGGUUGAUUAUUGAUGGGUUUGAUGGAUUCGUUCUAGGGUUUCUCAGAAAAGGGCGAAUGAGAUCGAAAUUUGGGGAUUUUGAUGUUUGCACAGUGCCGGCAAAGAAUUUAAAGGGGAUCUGAUGUGGCAUUGUGGGGCCCACAGAGUCCAGGUGUUAAAAAAAAUAAAAAAGGGGUUAAAUG